UCCCAGUGAGCAAUGACAUUCGUGACGUCACAUUUUCCGCCUACAUCGGCGCAUGCGAUGUAGAAUCAAGGCCGUAUUUAAUUCCUUUAUCUGGCGCGGUAGCCAAACUCCGAUUUCAGUUUUGUGUCAAGAAGUUGAAUACCUAAGCCACCGUUGUGACGUCAUCAUGAAGCAUUUUUGUUUGUUUUCACUUUUUAUUCAUUUUGUUGUGGCCAAACGAAUUUCUAAUUGGCACAUAAAGAUAGCCCAAAGUCAAGGACCAAAUACUUGUGUAGUAGAAGAAAUUCCGGAAACGUCUCAUAAAUAUUGGACAGAAUGUAAAUAUUGGACAAACAGAGAAAUCUGUGGAAUUAAUUCGAUUAUCAGAUACGAAUGUUGUGAAGGCUAUAUUCAAGUUGAAGGCAAACCUGGUUGUACUGGAGUGAAACCAAUGUCUAAUGUAUUAGAUACAGCGAGAGACCUUGGAGCGACUAAGUUUGUAGAAUAUUUAAUUCGUGGUGGAUUUUCCCAGCAACUGAUACAAGGAGAGAAAGCUGUUACAUUAUUUGCUCCUACAAAUGAAGCAUUUAAAGCAAUGGAUUUGAAUUAUAUUAGUUCCUUAGAAGAAAGCAUUAAUGAAAGGCGAUCUCCAUAUCUCGGCUAUCAUAUUAUUGAAAAUAAAUUACUGAGUCGAGAAUUACAUGGCAAUAAUGAAGCAGAAACAUUGUAUAGUGGAAAAAAAUUAAGAAUUAGUCGUUUUGGAAAUGGAAUGAUGACUGUAGAUUGUGCUCUUGUUGUACGUAAAGAUCAACAAGCCACCAAUGGAAUUGUCCAUCUUAUCGAUAAAGUACUCGUUCCACCACCAUCUAGAGGACUUUCAAGUAUUCCAGAAAUUAUAUUUACUGAUGGAAGAUUUCGUGAAAUGGCUCAAUUAAUGAUAGAAACCAAUUAUGUGAAUGAAUUAAGAGCUAAUGGGCCUUUCACUAUUUUGGCUCCAACUGAUGAAACAUUUUACAAAAUGCGUGAAAAUGGAAUAUCUUUUUCCAACAACAAAGAAGCAAAAAGAGCACUUUUGAAAAAUCACAUUAUCCCACAUGCUGUGUGUCCAUCAGUUGUCAUUGAUAAACAUCAUCUCACAACACUUGGAGGUGGAGUUUUAGAAUUGCAUUGUAAUAAAUCUGGUUUAUAUGCAAAUGAUGCAAAACUGAAGAAAGAAACAUUAAUAGCUAGUAAUGGAAUGAUUCAAGUUUUAGAAAAUGUUAUUAUUCCUGACAGAGCUAGAAGCCUGGAAGAUUUAAUGAAGAAGAAUUCUGAUAAAAUUGAUAUAUUUUUAAAAAUUUUAAAAAAAGCAAAUAUGGAAUCUAUACUUAAUAGUGCAAAUCUUACAGUAACUAUAUUUGCACCAUCGGAUGCUGCAUUUGAAACAUUGGAUGAAUCAGAAUUAAACCAAUUGAUGUCAGAUGUAGAAAAAGCACGUGAAUUAAUUAAUUAUCAUGUUGUCCAUGGUAGACAUCGAUCUGACAAUAUAGCAGACAACCAAAAAGUCUUGACUUUAGAUAGGCAGAAUCAUCUUCGAUUAAAAGUUUACAGAAAGGCUAUAGGUAUAGAAUCUGCUGUAGUAAAAAGGCCUAACAUAGAAGGAGAAAAUGGUAUACUUCAUAUUGUUGACAAAGUAUUAACCCAACCAAGUACAAGUAUCUUGGAAGUUGUUGAAACUACAGGUGACUUUAGCAUGUUUGCUGAUGCAAUUCACCGUGUGAGACGAGAAGAUCCAAAAUUUCUUAGCAUGGAAUCUAAAAUUGAUACAACUUUUACACUUUUUGCACCUGUCAAUAAAGCAUUUCAUAAACUGCAUAAAGAUAAAUUGAGAUCUUUAAUGAGAAACAAGAGGAAUUUGAAAAAAGUAAUUCAGAAUCAUGUAGUUGACAACAUGUAUUCAACAGGAUCUUUCAAAUCUCAGUUAAUGUAUGAUUUAAAAACAGAAUUUCAAACAGUACAUGUACAUAAGGAAAAGGGUGAACUGAUGGUAAAUGAUGCUCAUGUAAUUGAGUCUGAUGUGCUUGCAACAGAUGGUAUCAUUCAUUGCAUUGAUAAAGUUCUUCUUCCAGAAACCAAAAGAAAAUCAAAAUCUAUGAAUUCAAAAUUGAUUCAGCGUAAACACAGUGAAUAAAAAUAAAACAAAUUGUUUCUGAUUUUAAAAAAUCUUUAAACAAUAAAUGUAACAUUUAAUGAUUUCAAAUUUCACCAAAAUUUUUAUAAAA